AUGUCCGAUUCCGAGUCGUCAAACCAAUCUACUGCUACUAUCUUCGACCUGCGCAACAAACAUGGAAUUUACGGCGCCCUCAGCGAGCAGCUAAUGAAUCUUCCUGCUGGAGAUUGUUUAGCUCAAGCAACAUACAAUCAAGAUUUCAUGCAUCAGAUCAAUGCUCAUACCGGGAACUUUGCUUAUGUCCAACCCUCCUCUGGCAUUGAAUAUGAAAGCAUUAUAAUGGGCCAAAUUGCUGGAGACGAAAAAAUUAGAGCUUGUGGGACUCAUUACGCAGGAACUAUGAAUAAUCCACGCCCAAUUACGGAUAAAACACCGGUCAAAAGCAUGUUCUCAUUAUGCAAACCCGAAGGAUCGCCAAAAGAACUGGCAGUCAUUUUUGAUAAUCAGUUGGCUACACUUUCCGAAGUCACACUGGCUCGUGAAGAGGAGGCUACCACCAAAGGAAAGACAUUCGAUGUCAGAGACUGGGUUGACAUUGACCUCAUCAAUAUUCACACCGAGGCGAUGUAUGCGGUACCGAAAAACGCCAACAAUCUUAAGUCAAGCAAAAGGGCUCGCAUUCUGAAACAAAAUGUCAUAGGUACAGAAGUCAAAGACGAAAAGAAAAAUGUUGACAGAGACACUGAAAUGUCGGACAUGUCGUUGGAUUUACCUGCGACAGAAAACACAGCCUCUCAAGAACGCAUGACUAACGACUUUUACGAUCCACAGAUACUUUCGGAUUACAAAGGUCAAUUGUAUCAGCAUAAUGAAUCCAGACUUCGUCAAUUAGACAUUCGGGAUGUGGAUAAUGCUCUAAUCCAUCCGACCAAAUGGUACUCAAAACUGAGACGAGGAGCACUUGUCCUUGUCAACGGCACCCUGCAUACUUUCACUAUGGAAGAUAAUAGACGAAUUUAUCAUAUUCAUGCUCAUACAAUUCGCAUCCUAGAUGACUCAGAUUUGCCUAUGGAACCUCGCAUGCUGGUGACACUGCCAGGUGAAAACACUUCAGAAGGAUAUGGUUCCAAACAUUCCAUGGGAGCAAGUAGGAUUGCAGAAUUCAAGGUAGUUGGCAAACGAAGGAGAGACGAAGGGAAAGAUUCAGAAUGA